AUGGCACCCAACCAAGGCCUCGUCCACCUGAAAGAGUACGACAUUGAGGACUCCAACGUCGAACUUAUUGGCUCGGAUAUCGACCAUCAGGUCAAGUACAAUUCGGCUACUACCGAGCCCGCCUGGAAUGACGGCAAGGUAGGCUUCGUCCCCGGUCUCUUUGUCUGGCGCAUCGAGAAGUUCGAGGUCAUCCCCUGGCCACGAGAGAAGUAUGGCAAGUUCCACACGGGAGACAGCUACAUUGUGCUGCACACCGUGAAAGCGUCGGAGCAGUCGGAAGACCCGGAGAAGCUGUUCCACGACAUCUUUUUCUGGCUCGGCAGCGAGACCACGCAAGACGAGGCCGGCACCGCCGCGUACAAGACGGUGGAGCUGGAUGAGUUCCUGCGCGGGGUCGCCGUCCAACACCGCGAGGUCGAGGCCGAGCCCUCGGAGGAUUUCUUGCGGCUAUUCCCGAGAUUGACCAUCCUCGCCGGCGGUAUCAGCACCGGCUUCCGCCACGUUGAGGAAGAGGUGAAGGAGGACAUCAUCACGCUCCUCCGCGUGUUCAAGGCGUCCUCUGGUGGUGUCAGUUCGACAGUGGUGCACGAGGUGGCCCCGUCGUGGCGCAGCCUCGACGACACGGACGUCUUCAUCCUCGACCUCGGCGACAAGAUCUGGGUGUGGCAGGGCCGAAAGUGCAGCCCCAUGGAGAAAGCCAAGGCGGCUCAGGUCGUGCACGACAUGACCCUGGCCAAGCACGUUCCGGUCGAGGUCCUAUCUCAAGAGGAGUCCAGGUCGCGGCGCGUCGUGUCCGGGGCGGCGAGCGCUUCGUCAGCACCUAGCGCGGCCAGCAGAAAGCUGUUCCGCAUCAGCGAUUCGUCCGGGUCUCUGACCUUUGAUUUGGCCAACAGCGGGUCGUCCAUCGGAAGAUCCGACCUGGAUGGCUCAGAUGUUUUCCUUCUGGACACCGGACGCGACAUCUGGGUGUGGGAAGGCCGUCGGGCUAGCAAAGCGGAGAAGGCAUCGUGGCUGAUGCUUGCCCAGGGAUACGUUCGCUGGCUGAACUCGAGGGGGAACUCCGUGCGUCCGAUUGCCAAGGUGGUUGAAGGGAACGAAUCACCCGCCUUCCUGCGGGCUUUGGCCGUAUAA